AUGCCUGGACACUACGAAAUCAUGGACAAAGCCUUUCAGCUGCCUUUCUUUGCUCCCCAAGACCGAUUGCCAGCGGCCAUUGAGUCUUCGGGAGACAUUCUUCAAGAGUAUACCGGCAGACGAGUCGUUCGUUCCGGCGAUUAUCAUCUCGUAAAGUACGGCGCAAACGUGAGUCUGACCGAAGGCGAAAACAUGCUCUUUGUCCGCGAAGCAUGCUCGGUCCCCGUACCAGAGGUCUUUGCCCUUUACUCCACGAGAGAUACGCAGGCAUGCCGCAUCAGCUACAUCAUCAUGGAAUACAUACCAGGCCAUAGGCUGGAUGAUUAA